AUGGAGAAAUCAAAUUUACAAAAUAAUAUUCCACAAAAUCCUUUUUAUAAAUUUUCAUUAAAACAGAGGAAGGAAUCUGAAGAAUUUGGUAGGCUUACAAUCGAGUAUAUCAAACGACAAAAUGAAAAUCUUCAACAAUUAUAUUCUGAAAGUGAAAUCGUUGAAUCGAGAAUUAAGGAUUAUUGCAGGUGCAAAGAAACAAUUAGAGAACAAGAACAUUUAAUCGGCACAUUAAAAUAUCGCAUUGAACAAUUAGAAGCUUCCAUUGUGAUUAAAAAUCAAGAUAUUAAUAAUUGUCUUAAUAUUAUAAGAAAAUCCAAGGAAGAAAUGAAGUUGAAAGAAAAUCGGGAAAGUCCCGCAGCAUGUUCAGAACUAUCAAGGAAAUAUCAUAGGACAGCAAAAAAGUCUUCCAUUUCUUUAAACGAUAAUGAAAAUAAGCAAACCAAGCAAGUACAAGAUCCCCCGAUAUACACUAUUUCCAUAGGUGACAUUAUUAAAAAGUAUGCCAAUAAAGUUCAGGAAUCGCAAGGUCAAAAGCAAGGAAAUAACACGUUAUCAGAAUCUUUAUUAGACAAUCCUUCAUCCAGAGAACGAUUGAAACGAGAUGAAAAGACGACCCAUUAUGAUUCAUUAUAUGACUUAUAUAACUUCUCUUUGUAUCCCUCGAAUAAAUAUUCAUCAUAUUCAUCUUCACAAAUUAAUUCAAUUUGUCAAGAAAGUCAAGAAACCAUUUCAAAACUUAAACAAAUUCAUAAUCAACUUCAACAAGUAAUCACGCAAAGUAAAGAAGAUCCCUUGUUUGUGGUAGGUUAG